UUUUUCACGUCUUUGCGCCACCUUCUUAGGCUUUCAAGGCCAUCCGGAGCUUCAUGACCAAACUGGAGAAAGUUUCCGAAGACCCGGAGCAGCUCUCCGAGCUUGAAAAGGACGUCAACUCCAUUUCGGCCAGUCCAGGAGCCGGGGCCAGUUGGGCGGGUUGGGCCGUGACGGGGGUCUCGUCGCUCACCUCGAAGCUGAUCCGGACGAAUGCGGGGACGGCGCCGGCGGCGGAAUCGGGAACAGAGGGGGCCCCGGCCACCGCAGAGCCCCUCAAAUCAGGGGUUGGACACCCUCCGCCCUCUCCGUCUCCAGCAGCUCCGGCCUCAUCGAGUGGUUGGGACCUUGAGGAGGAAGCGGCCGAAGAGGACAGCACCGGUGACCGAUGGGAUGACGAAGACUGGGGCAGCUUGGAGCAAGAAGCGGAGCAGUCAAAGAGGCAAUCCAGUCCGGAAGACUGGAACAGCCCAGGAUGGUCGGAGCCAGUCUCUUUGGCCAGGAAACCUGAAGGCCGGACGGCGGCUACCUCCUCAAAGCCGGAGUCCGACUGGGGCGCCUCGGCCUGGGACAUGGAGCCUUCGUGGGGGCGCAAAAAGGCAGAGGGGGCUGCAAAGCCCACCGUCUGUCCGCCGGAGGGGACCAAGCUAGCCAGUGAGUACAACUGGGAGAGUGUCCCGGCCGCGGACAAGCCGGACCCGUUCUCCUCCCUCGCAGAGAGGCCAACGACAGAGAGACAGCGAAACACAGAUGCCUUUGGAGAUUGGGGCCUGGAGGAGAAUUGGGAAGCGCUGGAGUCGGACCAAGGGCCUAGCAAAGCGGAAUUGGCACGAAAGAAGCGGGAGGAGCGGCGGCAAGAGAUGGAAGCCAAGCGGGCCGAAAGGAAAGCGGCCAAAGGACCCUUGAAACUGGGAGCCAGGAAACUGGACUGAUUCCCCUCUUCUUGGGAAAGAGACUAGAUGCUCUCACGGAGCGGCAAAGGAGGUCCAAGAGACUAGGGAUUUCUUUCUUCGGGAAUGGACAAAGCACGCUGCAAUCACCCUUCGCGUCUUCCUUUCAGCCCGGAUCUUGCCCGCAAAGCAUUGGCCGAAUCCCUCCCUGCAGUAAGGCUUGAAUCCCAGGUGCCUUCAAGAAGAAGGUGGGGGGGUCGAUGUAAGCGCCGGACGCCUAUCCACAGAGGAGGAUUUGGCUGGGACAGGAAUCGAGACAUGUUUUUAUUUGUUGUGGUUUCGCUUAUUAACCACAGCUUGGUCGGGAGUGUACGUAUCCCCUGCGGAUAUUGUGGGGAUGGAUUUUUUUCACUAUCCACAGAGGAGGAUUUGGCUGGGACAGGAAUCGAGACAUGUUUUCAUUUGUUGUGGUUUCGCUUAUUAACCACAGCUUGGUCGGGAUUGUACGUAUCCUCUGCGGAUAUUGUGGGGGGAUUUUUUUUUUCGCUGUAGUUGUCACUGUACAGUUGCACGUUGUGGGUCAGAUAUGUGUACGUCCGCCAUUUUUAUUUUUUAUUUUUUUUGCCUGUUUUAUUGGUCAAUGCGGAAGCCGACAAAUAAAUUAACUCUUUAAUGAAA